AUGACAACGAUCGGCAGAAAUGAUGAUAUGGAUUUGAAACUUACAUCAGUCAAAAACAGCAAUAUGAUUUCAAGAAAACAUGCGAUCAUAGAAGAGAAAGAAGUGGAUGGCAAACAAAUGUACAUUUUGACAGAUUUGUCAUUGAAUGGCACAUAUAUCAAUGAUUUUCGACCAAAGUCACCAACAUCUUUAAAACCAGGUGAUAUCAUCAAAUUUGGUCAUGAUAAUGGUUCUGUGGUAAGAGCUGGAACAUAUGCUCCACAACAUAGUGCACCUUUUACUUUUGUUUUCGAAGAAGUUCCAUUUGGACGACCAGUGCAAAAGCGGCCAAUUACAAUUUGUGAACGAAUUAGUUUCGAUAUGAGCUCAAAAAUUUUGCCUGGACGAAUCGUCGCUGACUCCUCUACCCAAAAUGUGCAAUUUAAUGAUCCGAAUUCGAAAAUAUCACGUUUACCAUCGUCAGUACCACAAUCAGUUGAACUGCAUCAUUGGCCUGGACCGUCCAAUGCACCUACACCUUCGGCAACUGCCCCGUUUUGCAAUUUACCAAGAUUUCCGAAUUAUUAUCAAGCUCUUCAUCAGUUUAAUUCAACAUAUUUCCAAACUUUAUGGCCACAACGCCAGUGGCCGCCAUCUGGUGUUUCGCCACAGUUUUCACAACAAUCUCAACAGCAACAGCACUGCCAGAUUACUCCUUAUUCUGGCUUACCACCGACGGAACAUGGUACAGAUCCAGCUUGGGAUAUCUCAAGUCAAACAUUACUAGCAAAUCGAGGUCAGAAUGUGGUGCAAACAUCUGGUCAGAUACAUAUCACAUCUAAUCCUCAAACUCAUCCAGCAGCUUAUCCAAUUCCAUCUUUGCAAACUGGCACUUAUUGUAUGUCAAAUAUGAAUCCACCCAUGAUGGAAACUGGAUCCAAUUUGUUAAGUAGUUUGGCACAAAGAAUGUACCAACAACCUGUUAUGCAAGCUUCCACAGCUCCUCUCUCCAUGCCUAUUGGUCAAACUCCCGUUCCAGUUUUUUUCCAGAAUCCUACUGCUGUUGUUAAGUCCCCACUCAAUGUUUCAAAUGGAACAGAUGUUCCACAGCCAUCUUCUUCCAGUUUAUCAUUAGCUGCAACAGAUGAUCCUCAUUCAUCACCACCUGCGAAUAUCGUUAAAAGAAUGGAAUGUGAUAGUUCAGUACCGAGUCCAAUUCAACAGCUCAAUACAAGCACUUUAUCAGUUUUGUCCAAUCCAGCACCAUUAAAUCAAAAAGAAGAUAUUUCUUGUUCAGCGGCUCCAUCUAUAAAUACCGAUGUUCAGUCCACGCCGAUUUCGGAUUCUCAUUCUAAUAUUGUUGAAGUUCUUAGUGAGCAAACGAAGGAAAAGAUUAGACUAUCUCCACAUUUAUCGGCUGUUGUAUCCACAAGUUUUUUGCAAUCAUCAGCUUCAAUGAAUCUUCCAAAGUUAUCUGCUAAUGCUGACAGCACUAAAGAAUCAUUAAACGUGCUAUCGCAAUCACCAUUACAUCGAUCUCCUAAAAGGCGAGGUCAUGGGCAUUCCGAGUCUUCUCGCUCUCGGACUCAAUCACCAGUAGUGUCACAACAGAAAAAAGUGAAGAAACGAACUAAAACUGACGAGGCUACAAGGCUUCUAUUCGAUCUUACUGAAGUUGUUUUUCCUUUUAUGACUAGAAAUUCAGCUUCUUCAAGGCACAAAAGUUCACCUAGGAGAAAACGAGUGGCAAGCACCAGCGAUUCAUCAGAUGAUCCCGACUUCGGUGAACAGCAGAAAAAAAAAUCAGAUAAAAAAAAGAUAAAUUAUCGUAGCGAUUCCUCUUCCGUUGAUUCUGGCCAGCAACAAAGAUCUAGGAAAAAACAUUUGAAAGAUGAAACAAAUUUUCGAUAUUCGUCUGAUUCAGAAGAACGACAAGGGCAAAGGUAUAAAAAAGUAAAUAAGAAGAAAAAAACAAAUCUUGGUGGGCGAGGUCGAAAGCCUGGGAAAAACAAAGAAUCAAUUGAGGAAAUACAAUUUGAUGAAGCGGAAAUUUGUGCAUUAGAUAAUAACUGCAAAAAACCGGAUAUCGAACCAGUUCAAUGGAUAAAUUGUGACAAAUGCGACCAAUGGUUCCACACAAUUUGUGUUGGGCUUUCACACUGUGCUAAUGAACAAUUGCAGAAAAUGUCUUUUCAAUGCUCGAAAUGCGCUAUAGGAAAAAGAAAACGACGAAAAUAA